GAUAAGAAAUUGAGAAUGACAAGUGUUGAGGGCGCUGAGGGAGGGAGAGACGAAGGCAGAACGUGAGAAAAAAAAGAGUUGAGAAAGAAAGACAUAAAGUGGAGACAGACGAGGAGAAGCAGAGCGGACAGGAGAAGGAGUGUUACGAGCUAAAUAAUUAAGACAGAAGACCAGAAAGACAUCAGCAGGAGCAGGGAGGAAGGAGGAGGUGAUCCUUAGGUGCAUUAAUUGAAGCUGACAAACAGAAAAGAGCAGAUUGUCAGAGUGGGAAGUGUUGAAAGAGGAGGAGAGAAACACAAAAGAGGGAGUGGAGAAGAAGCAGAGGGAGAGAGGAGAAGAGAGGAGAGGAGAGGAGAGGCAGCGUGUGGCAGAGAAGGAGAAAGGAGGAGAUGUGAGGAGGAGAGCUGAGAGAAGAAAACAGGAGGGAACUUUUAUUCACUGUUGUGCUUCCAGCCUCUGACGUUUCUGUGAAACCCUCUGGAGCUGCUGCUGCACGACUGAAUGCUAUCAGGACCGAACAGACAGCUGCCAAACCCACCGACACACACACACACACACACACACACACACACACACACACACACACACACACACACACACACACACACACACACACACACACACACACACACACACACAGUAACACAGAAAGAAAGGCGAGCAGGGGAGCUCACAAGCAGUGUUGGAUAUGACUCGUCCGCUGAGGCACUGUGGUGUGGAGGACUCAGAGUGACAGUUGGGAAUAACCGGUUCUUCAUCCAGUCAGGAUGUCGGUGAAGCUGCGAUUCGACUCCCCCUCGGAUGGAGGUUUGGUCCACAGGAGCCGCUCCUUCACCGGGUUCAGUUCUCUGACUGGACGACGACGGCCAUCCUCUGCUCGUAACUCGCUCCGCACCAAAGCCAUGACAGGAGGUAAAUCUCCCAGGACGCACCUGUCUCCCAGCAGAGGGGGAGGAGCAAUUUGGUCUCUGCAGCCGGAUGAGGUCGACAGGGUCUUCCAGGCGCUACGCAAAGGACUGAAGGAGUUUCUGGAGGGUCACCAGGCAGAGAUGGACUUCCUGUCUUCACAGCAGAGAGAAACCAAGAGAAACUCCAGACUGGCCUUUCUGUAUGAUCUGGAGAAGGAGAUAAGAGCGUUGGAGAGAUACAUACGAAGAUUAGAAUUUCAAAUCAGCAAGGUGGAGGAGCUCUAUGAGACGUAUUGUAUCCAGUGGAGGUUGUGUCAGGGAGCGGUCAACAUGAAGAGAGCCUUCUCACUGUCCCCGUCCACCAGAGCCUCCAGAGAGAGUCUGCUGGAGCUCAAUCGCAACCACAGACACAGCCUGCAGGACAUGUCAGUUAUGGAAGGAGAGCUAGAAAUCCUCCUCGGAGAGCUACAAAUCAAAAUGAAAGGUCUGAUCGGCUUCGCUCGACUCUGCCCCGGAGACCAAUACGAGGUGGUGGUGCGGUUGGGACGCCAGCGAUGGAGGAUCAGAGGGAGAAUCGAAUCGGACGACACACAGUCCUGGGAUGAAGAGGAGAUGGUCUUCCUCCCGCACAUACACCACAACUUCGAGAUCAAGGUGACGGAGGCGAAGGGUUUGGGUUGGCUGCUGGUCGGCAUGGUGACGUGUGCGAGCGCAGACUUCUUUGUGGCGAAGCCGCAGCUGAUGUUGGUGGACAUCACGGAGCUGGGAACCAUCAAACUGCAGCUGGAAGUCACCUGGAAUCCAUUUGACAGCACUGAGAAGAUGAGGCCGCUGUCUGUCAGCAGGCAGUCGGUGACCAGCAGAAAGAGUUCAGUUUACAGCUGGACGGCUCCAAGCACCCCAUCCUUCACCGAGAAGUACUUCAUAUCGAUGGUGCGUGAGCUGCAAGAUCAGGAGGGUUCCCUCCCGUCUCUGGUGUCUAAAAGUCGACACAACAGAGGAGGCGUGUCUCUGCUCAGCUACCUGUCCAACCCGUCACACACCGCCAUCGCCCCGAACCACAGCCCUCAAAGCCCCUACAACCUCAGUCUCAAGCGGACGCACAGCUACCCCUCCAGCCACAGUCAAGGCACCAGUCUGGGAGGAAGCCAGACUCAGCUGUCCCUCGGGGAGGAAGGAUCCCUGGAGGUCUCUGCAGAGGAGAGGGAGAGGAGGAAGAGGAUGGACGAGAAGGAUGGAGAGGAGGAGGAGGAGGAGGAGGAGGAGGAAGAGGAGAGGGAGUGGGGAAGUGUGUUAGAUACUCGCUCCACACCAGCGGAGAGUAAAAUGGGUUCCCUACUGGCUCUACAGAUGUCCAGCACUCCUGACAUCCUCAGAAAGAACACAGCUGGAGAACCAGAACCUGAGACCCACAGUGGAGCCCUGGGACCGGACACUGUCGGUGUUCAGAACUCUCCAGAAUGUCAGUCAUAUUCUGCCCCUGCCUCACCCGCUGCUCAGCCCCCCGCCGUAACCCCUUCCUCACCCACGACCGCGGCUCCGGCCCCGGGGAGGCCGGGGGUGAGCGGUGCCCAGCGCAGGGCCCAGGCCAUCAGGCUGGGAGCUCUGAUCGCAGAGCUGGAGAAGAUGUUACAGAACCAGAGCUGCUCUGAGAAGGAGCUGAGAACCCUGGACCACCAGAUACUGCACCUGGCGACCAUACUGAAGAACGACCUCUCCCUGUUGAGAAGCUCAUCAUCAGAGGAGACUCUGGCUGUGGAGGAAGUCCUGGGCAGCUUUGACUUCCUCUCACAUGACUUCAAUGCAGAUGAUGACACUUCCUGUUUGGGCAGCCUGAGACUGAAGGACAGUGGCAUCAGUUCUUUCCAGCAGAGCACUCGCAGGAGUCUCGGCCUCUUCUCCCAGAACAGCCAAUCAGCUUCUGAGGAAGAGCUGGUCAUCGCCCCUCUGACUUCUGGGAACUGGGGUCUUGACCAGGCUAUCGAGACUCACCUGGAUAUAUGCUGCAUCCUGCUACAGAUGAUAACAACGACCGACUUCAGCCCGUCCAGGAGGGAGCUGCUGGAGGAAAUGGCUCUGCAGGCUGAAGUCCUGGAUAGAGUCAGCUGUCUGCUGUUAGAGAAGAACGACAACAUCUCAGCCAGAGACAUCCUCCCGAAGGCCCAGAGAACGAGGGAUGUGCUGUUGUUCUGGGAGGAGUGUGUGAACGACAGCAGCUCUCCUUUCUGUUGCCGCUCUGACAGUUUCUCCAGGACGCUGAAGAAACGUUACACACACAAGGUGAAGGCCAAACAGCCGGGCCAGUCAGAAAAAGUGUUUUCUCAGCUCCUGCAGCAGCUCCAGACGGCCUGUCGGACGGUGCCCAGCCUUCGGCCCGUCUGCAGCCCGGAGAGAGUCACCCUCUUCCAGUUCUCUGUGUAUCUGAAACGCUGGAGCUUCCAGGAGCUGGGAGAGCACAUCUUACGCCUCUCCAAAGAAGAGUACAUCCUGUCAGCCCUGAGGAGUCCCAAGAGGAGGCGUGCUUUAAAUAAACUGAGGGGGCGGUGCAUCACGGAGCUCCUCCCACUGGGAUGCACCCUGCGGACUCUGGCCGCCCUGCAGAUCGACUCCAACCACAAAGUCUGCAAAGCUGCAGCCAACUGUCUGUGCAGAGCCGCAGGCUGCAAGGCCUUCAGGAGCAAGGCGGUAGUUUACUACACGGAGAGUUUGAAAAGCACUGAUGUUCUGAUCCAACAAGGUUCCUGUCUGGCUCUUAAAUGCCUCAGGGCGACGGAGAGCGUGGACCACAUAGCAGAUUUGUGGAGAUCAGCAGAUGAAGAUCUUCGCAGCGCUGCCAGAGAGACUGUCCUCUCCUUUGGUAAAAAGGGCUACCUAGCCUUCCAGAGGAUGGACCAGCUGUACACUGAGAUGGAGGAGGAGGCCUAUCAGAACCAAGAGACUGAGAUUACCUUCCUAUAGGAAACAAAUGUGGGCCUAAAACAGGCCGAUGCUCUCUUUCUUUUUUCUUUUUGUUUCUGAUGAGCCCCGACAUGAAGAGUCUCAAUGAUCCUGACAGUCAGAGUGAGAGGCGACAUUUAAACAAAGCUUGUGUCUGAGCUGGAUAAAGUUUAUGAGGCGUCGUACUUUCUGAUUUUGUUUGAAGAAACUUGUGGCACCUUCGUGGCAAACAGAAGAAGUGACUUUACUUGGAACGUGAAUUUAUUUUGUUCAGUUGUAGUUUUGUUUAAAGAUGAAGAAGUUCUGUCCUCGUUAUUUAACCUGCUAAGAUUUUUUUUUUGUGAAGCUUUAAGAUUAUUUCUGCUUUUCCAGUGUUGGGACUUAUUUUCAGGUCAGGUCAUGGUUGUUGUUUUUUGGGGAAAAUGAAGGAGAAAUUUACUAUUAUUCCACAUAAUGUCAGAAAUGUGUAAUUAAGAGGCAUAAUGAGCUAAAAUCCAAAAUAUCCUGUGAAUAUUAAACCCUGAAGGGACCAAAUAAAUCCCUAAUAACAGCCCCAAACAGUGCCCCUACUGCCUGUGAGAGGAACCUCACACAGAACCAUAAAUCUACGUGUGGCAGGCUGCUUUUUCUCUCUGAGUUCUACUUAAGUCCCUUGUUUUCAUGAGCUGUUGGGCGCUUCGUAGCAGGAACAUAAAAUGGCUCCUGAAAUGUUUCCACAAACAGGAGCUGUGACAUUCAGGGACGCCAAAGGAUUAUAGUACAAACAACGCUGGCAGGCAGCCAAACAGCAUUUAAGAGGUUUUACUCUGCUCUCCUAAAUCUGCUCUUUCUGUCAGUGAGUUUGCUGCUUUGCUGAGGAUAUGUGCUGAUGAGUGUGUGUAGUCAUGUGAGCGACAUAUGUGCAUUGAUUUAGCUUGAAGGAGGUGAUCCUGGGUGUGUCAUUAGCAGUGUAAUUACUGCUUGAUAAAGAGUAACUAAUGCAUGACUCAUUAGGAUUUAAUGCAUAAAUUAAUGCAGGAUAUGUCAAGAAAUCUUGCCUUGAAAUAUAGUCCCUGUCAGUUUAUGUGAUUAGUUAAAGGUUAAAUACACGAAAUUCCCUUUCCACUGGACGUUGCACUAAAGCACCAGCAUCUCAGACCCAAACAAUGGGACAGAAAUUAAAUAAAACUCACCAAAACCAUCUUUGUUAGUCUUUCCAACAAUCACCGACGCUGCUUUGGUUGAAAUAAACUCUCAAUUUACAGCGUUAGAUGUGAAAAUAUUCAUGAAAAGAGCUGCGACGUAAGCUGAUGUUAAUCCUGCGGCCAUGAAAGUAUGUCCACUUAAAGAUCUGAUCAAGUCAUCAGUUCAUCAAUUAAUGUUGGAAUCCAGUUACCAGAAGUGCAAUUAACUGUGGUUUUCAUUGUGAAUCUGCCAUUUAUUUCCUCAGUUUAUCGUUUGUUUUAUCUAUAAAAUGUUUUAAAAUUGUUUAAGAAUAUAUUUUUAGUUUCCCGGAGCUCAAGGUGAUGUCUUCAGUGUAUCGUUUUGUUCAAUCGACAGUCCAAAACCCAAAGAUAUUCAGUUUACAGUCAUAAUAAAACAGAAAAAAACUGUAAAUCCUCACAUUGAACGAGCUUGAAGCAAAUUCUUUGGCAUUUCUGCUUUAUUUGAUUAUAGUUUCCUGUUAAUUUUCUGUUGAUAUGUGAAGCCGUUCAUUACUGGUAGUCUCAAACAAACAUCUAUAUGUUGCUGCUCGACCCAAACAGCCUUUACUCAUGUCGUAUUUACAACCAGUGGACAGCACAUGAGAGAGAGAGAGGUUUGCAAUAUGUUUGUCUGUGUAACUCAGCCAGCAUGUAAAUAAAUGUAUAUUUAAUAUAAUCACAUAAAUUCAAAGUGAAUACAUCAUUAGUUCACACAGUAAAUCAUUAUGAGUCAUGCAUUGUUGUUUUGAAGGCUUGUUACCAAAUUGCCCUUCAUCAUUAUCACUGUGUUGUAUCGUCACUGAGACGCAGGCUGGUGCUGCCCCCUGCUGGCUGUUUCAGUGAACUGAGGUUUGGGAAGGGCCCUGACCUGAGGAUGCUUUCGCUCGCCACAGAAUAGAUUUGGCUGUGGUUGAACUGCCCUGCAACCUCUCUGACUGGAUGAUUUAAGGAAUGUCUGGAAGGUCACUCGAGUGGCGUGAGAAGAAGACGUUAGUCAUAUUUCUUAAUGUGCAAAUCAAAGAAAGUUAUACAGUCAGUUUUGGGUUUUUCCCCUAAACCUUGCAUCAUGUUAAGGGAAGGUUUUGUUUUAAGAAAUACCAGAAGAUCAUCAAAUCUGAUCAUUCCUCUCAAGAUAUUCUCAGAUAUAAAGCAGGGAAUUAAACGUUCUCAGCAUACCAAAGCUCUCAUGUUGGAAACCACAUCUUGAAUCAAUUCAACCGCACCAUUAAAAUCUCACAGGGGAUGUUAUAAUGUAGAACAGCAUGGGAAGACACUGUUGGUCCUCUUUUUUAAAAAAAAUAAUAAUCUGAUGCAGAGUCAGAUUAGCUCCCAAAAAAUGUUCAGAAUAUAAAGAAGAACCAGAGUUUGGACUCGACUGUUGGCCCCCUCCUGCAGGACCAGAUGGUCCCGGAGAUAAACACAGUAAUAUAUCAGAAGAGAUCAUCAGAAGUCGUGUUAGUAGGCAUUUUUAACCAUAUUAUCUUUAGAUUUAUUAGAUUUGACUUGGUCAACUGAGACUACAGUAGUUCUGCUGGUGGUUUUCCAGCUGCUGUUGUUGUUGUUGUUGUUGACGGAAGGAAAAGAUGUGUUAAAGAGGCCAUAUUAUGCUUUUUGGGGGUUUUCUCUCAGUGCAUGUAAAAGGUCAGAAAUGUGACAAAAGUCCACGCCAAAGGGAGAAACGUCUCCCACAGAAAACACUGCUCCUGCACCGCCUCAGCCUUUGUAUUCAACCUUUUCCUCCAUCAUGCUAUUACAUCACAUUGUAACAGGCACCACCUUUAGGUCAGUGGUUCCCAACCUUGUUCCUUAAAGGACCCCUCUUCUAUCAUUGAGUUAACUGUCGUCCCCUCAUUAUGUGACAUGCAUUGAAUAUGACAUGAAAUAUCUAUAAAUUAUAACAAUAACAGAAGAGAACAAUGGAUAAACUGUACAAUGAACCAGAAUAGUGAACACAAUAACUGCAGUAAACAAUGUUUCUUUAAACAAUCAUAAAGACUUAAUAAGCUACUUCUUUGACAAACGCUUGCCCGUUGUUUUAUUAGCUCUAAUGCAGGAUGAGGCUGUUUACCAGAGAGUAAAGACUUUGAAUGUGGCUUAUGUUCAGGCAGGUCUUCAAAGUUUAGAUCUUAAAUAAUAAACUAAACUUUAAAAAUAACAUUUUCAUUUAUUUUUCUUCACAGAAAUUAACUAAAUGCUGAGAUAAAGUCCCACUGUGUAUAUUUUAAAAGUUUCCGUACACCCCUUUAAAAUCAAGAAGGCCUCGCGAUCCCCUGUGAUGGUUUCGCACUAGUGGUGGUCCUGGGAACCACUGGGCGAGGUGACGGUCCAGUCCCGCCCACUGAAACCCAGUGAAUCUAUACGAUGGUCGUUCCCCGCUCAGAGGUUAUGGGAGCUGACCAAUCAGAGCAGACUAAGCUUCUCGGGAAAGGCUCUUUAGUCACAGCAGUUCUUGGAGCUAAAUGCUAAAAUCAGCACACUAACAUGCUGUGUGUCAGAGGAUCACUAAAUUCAGCAGGAACAGGAAUGUACUGAAUCCCACAGCGACCCCGUCCAGCAGUUACUGAAUGAUUCCCUUUGUUUCCUGCAGGUUUUACAAGUUUAUCACCUGCAAGGAAUUCACAUGACUACAAACACUCGUUGCCUGUGACCACCUCCUCCUAAAGAGCGUGCAUGUGUUUGUUGUUUGUCCAUAAUUACCAUUUUUUAGAGAGCAGGUUGAGUCAAAGCGUUCUCCGCAGGCAGAUGAAGACCCUGUUCAAAGUGACACACCUCAUUUAGGCCUCACGGCUCAUCAUUUUGUCCCACUUAUGCAUCAAACUGUGGUUUUAACAAUUGUAUAUUAUUGUAACUGGAUGUAUAUUGCUUACAGAAAUGUGUGUUAUUGAGACUUUAUUUUGCAUUUAAUACUUUAAAAGAAAGGAAGUGUUUCUCUUCUGCGAGCAUUAAAAGGACUCAGUGCUCGGAUUCAUUGGAAACAGACUAUAAUAAAUGUUAAAAUAUA